CUUCCCCGCUUCGACAUGUCCGCCCCGGUCACCGACCCCAAGGUCCCUGCUGCUGCUUUCAUCCACAACGACAUUCACCUCAUUCGCAUUUACUCGCCUGGGAUCAUCCAGCACACCUGGGCCAACAACCGACUCGAGUGGGGGAAGACCACAGAUGUCGAGACAUACUUCGCGCGUGAGACGCUUCUCUCCAACCAGGAUUUCACUAGCAAUGGCAAGCUAAAAUUCUGGGCCCUAGUUCCAAAAAGCUUUGGUCAGGAUCACCCGAACCUCGAUCAUGUCCUCUGUGCAGUCGAGACCUUUGAGCGUCCUGGUAUCGUUGCCACCAAGAACCAGGGCGUGAAGGAUGUGCUCUCGGUCAGCGUUGCCUCGGUCUUUACUCCACCGCAGAGCCGCGGCCACGGAUAUGCCUCUCUUAUGAUGAAAUCGCUUUGGGAGGAGAUUAAAAAAAUGGACAAUGUCUCCUUCACAUUCUUAUAUUCGGACGUUGGACCCACGUUCUAUGGCCGCAUCGGUUGGACACCCCGGCGGUCAGAUGAGAUCGUGAUCCCUACAUCCCACUUUGUCAUAGAUCAGUCCCCGUCUCCUCCAGCAAGACUCGCAAAUGUAACCGAUGAUGACCUGACGAGCCUUAUAAACAAGGAUGCUCAGUUAUUGCGCGAAGAGCUCAAAAAGAGGGCGGAGAGUUCAGGUCCGGAAAAGAUCUUUGUCGCAGCCACACCCGAGCCUUCCUGCAUUCGUUGGUUGACUGCUCGCUCGAGAUUCACUGCUCAAUAUAUCAGGAAGCUGGAGCAGCACGACAUCACAGUGCUAGGUGCCAGGGAUACAAAGACCGAUAGCUUCGCGCUUUAUUUCCAUCAUUUGCUCGAGGAUCAGCUCUAUAUCAUUCGCUGGCGACUGGAUCCCAAGGCGGGCGAGGAAACUGCUCGCGCGUUAAUCCAGGCUGCACAAGCAGAGGCAAAAAAGUGGAACUUGUCCAAGGUUGUAAUUUGGAAUCCAGAGCAAUCUUUGGCGGAUCUUUUGGGAUUGCAGAUCAAGCACCGCGACGACGCACUACCUAGUUUGGGACUUGUCAAUUCCUUGCACGACACCAACAAUGUUGAGUGGAUAGCCAACGAGAAAUACGCCUGGUGCUAAAGUAUAUUUGCCGUACCUGGCCAAUCCAUUAUAGAUACCGUAGGCGAUUAUAAAAGAACAUACCACGUUCGUCAUGUUUAUCGAACCCACAAUAGACCGU